GGGAGAGCGGAUAUAGUGAAUGCGGGGUCCGGGGAGAGCGGAUAUAGUGAAUGCGGGGUCCGGGGGAGAGCGGAUAUAGUGAAUGCGGGGUCCGGGGAGAGCGGAUAUAGUGAGUGCGGGGUCCGGGGAGAGCGGAUAUAGUGAAUGCGGGGUCCGGGGAGAGCGGAUACAGUGAAUGCGGGGUCCGGGGAGAGCGGAUACAGUGAAUGCGGGGUCCGGGCAGAGCGGGUAUAGUGAAUGCGGGGUCCGGGGGAGAGGGGAUAUAGGGAAUGCGGGGUCCGGGGAGAGCGGAUACAGUGAAUGCGGGGUCCGGGCAGAGCUGAGGAGAGGGUAUAGUGAAUGCGGGGUCCGGGCAGAGCGGAUAUAGUGAAUGCGGGGUCCGGGGAGAGCGGAUAUAGUGAAUGCGGGGUCCGGGGAGAGCGGAUACAGUGAAUGCGGGGUCCGGGGAGAG